GACCUGCUGCAGCUGAACCACUUCUCCUCCUUUACCUGUGGAGUAAAGUCUUCUUCUAUUAAUGACACAGUCUCUCAGCAUCCUCCUGCAUCCUGACAGGUAGCCAAUGGGAGCACCUUUACGCACGAGCCCGGCACCGUGUCCCGCGCGCUCAUUGGCCGGACCUGAUGAAAACCACACGAGCCGCUCGCGUGCAGUCUCUCUCUCUAUAAAUAGACCCGGAGGAGGCUGGAAACAGGAGCGGGACUGACUGGAUGUCAGCUUUGGCGACGAGACAGAAGAAGUCACUUGUGACAUUUGUCAUCGUGUAAACUGCUCCGAGGUGUGCUGCUGCCAGGAGAAGGCGGGACUCUCAUUGCAACUGCACGAGGACUGCAGCUUCUUCCACACUUAUAUCUAUUAUCGAUUCGCUAUUAGUUUUUAAUUGCGCACCUGAAGAUGCCAGCCGGUACUUUGGAGAGAGCGUCUCCAUCCUCUGUGGCUGCCACACCGGAGAAACCCCGUAGUCUGACGGAGAACAGAAAGUCCUCAAAACCAAUCAUGGAAAAGAGGAGACGAGCUCGCAUCAAUGAGAGUCUGGGCCAGCUGAAGACCCUCAUCCUGGACGCACUCAAGAAAGAUAGCUCCAGACACUCCAAACUGGAGAAGGCAGACAUCCUGGAGAUGACUGUGAAGCACCUCAGGAACCUGCAGCGGUUUCAGAUCUCUGCUGCUGUGAACACGGACCCGUCCAUUCUGGGUAAAUACCGAGCCGGGUUCAGCGAGUGUGUAGGAGAGGUCACCCGCUUCCUGUCCACGUGUGAAGGGGUGACCACCGAGGUGAGGACUCGUCUCCUCAGCCACCUGGCAUCCUGCGUGACCCAAAUCAACACCGUCAACUUCUACACGCCUCACCCGGUUGCCCUGGGACUCGGACAGACCGGUACCCAGAUCCCAGCCGCCUCCUCCGCUCCACAGGUGCCUUGCAAGAGUGGCUCGCCGAUGCACGCCUCCCCAGAAGCGAUGAAGCUGUACGGCGGUGGCUUCCAGGUCGUGCCCACGCCGGACGGACAGUUCGCUUUCCUCGUUCCCAGCGCGGCUCUCGUGCCGCUGGGUGCACAGAACAGCCAUCACAUGUCACCUGUUGCACCUCCGGUCACCUCAGACUCUGUGUGGAGGCCGUGGUAGGACAUCAGCUCAACUUGGGGGAGAAAAGGACUAUCACGCAAUAAAACAUAUUUUUGUACAUUUUGUAAAUGUUUUUUACUUGAGAGGGAUGUUUACACACAUUUGUGUUUUUUUUAUGGACAUUAGGAGAUAUUCUUGGCCUCUUUGCUUGCUGUGAUUUUCUCUGUUUAUGACACGUUUGCCUCAGGAGGAAAUCCUUGAAAAGCUCUUGAACAGCACUGUAUUUUUGAGAUUAAUAAAAUGUUUCUAUGAUUGUUUACUACAA